AAGGUUCUUGUAUGGUAUUACUCUCACCAUCACCUCACAUCCUACUCUGAGAUGAUUCAGUUCUUCCAUAGGGAUGUGGCCUUUAGGGCAAAAUAAAUUGCAAAGUCAUGAGUCAUAAGAACCUUUGAAGAACAGGUCAGGCAGACUAUAAAUUCAGCCUACCCACCAUCUGAACUGCAGAAACCUUGAACAGACCCAGAGCAGCAGUCUUCCUCCCUGCACAAAAUAAGGUUCAGAACAAUGGAAGCUUUAAAUAAAGCAAACACAAGCUUUGCUCUUGACUUAUUCAAGCAUGAGUGUCAGGAAGAUGACAAUGAGAACAUUUUGUUCUCCCCUUUCAGUAUUUCAUCUGCCCUCGCUACUGUGUAUUUGGGAGCCAAAGGCAACACUGCAGAUCAGAUGGCAAAGGUACUCUACUUCAAUGAAGCUGAAGGAGCCAGAAAUGUCACCACAACUGUAAGAAUGCAAGUCUAUUCCAGAACAGACGAGCGCCUAUCAAAUCGCCGUGCCUGUUUCCAGAAGACAGAAAUAGGCAAAUCAGGUAAUAUCCAUGCUGGGUUUAAAGCACUCAACUUGGAAAUCAACCAACCCACUAAAAAUUACCUGCUCAGAAGUGUCAACCAGUUAUAUGGAGAAAAGUCGCUGCCUUUCAGUAAGGAAUACUUACAGUUAGCCAAGAAAUACCACAGUGCAGAACCACAAUCAGUUGACUUUGUGGGAGCAGCAAAUGAAAUCAGAAGAGAGAUCAAUUCCAGGGUUGAACACCAGACUGAAGGUAAAAUAAAAAGUCUGCUGCCUCCUGGAUCCAUAGAUUCACUCACCAGGCUAGUCCUGGUAAAUGCACUCUACUUCAAAGGAAACUGGGCAACAAAGUUUGACGCUGAAGAAACCAGGCAAAGGCCUUUCAGAAUAAAUACGCAUACAACUAAACCAGUGCCAAUGAUGCACCUGGCUGAUAAAUUUAACUGGACCUACGUAGAAUCAGUCCAGACUGAUGUUCUUGAACUUCCAUAUGUCAAUAACGACCUCAGUAUGUUCAUCCUGCUGCCACGGGAUAUCACUGGCCUACAAAAGCUAAUAAAUGAAUUGACUUUUGAAAAAUUGUCUGCAUGGAUCAGUCCAGAAUUAAUGGAGAAAAUGAAAAUGGAAGUGUAUCUGCCCAAGUUCACAAUAGAACAGAAAUAUGACCUGAAAUCUACUUUGAGCAAGAUGGGGAUAGAAGACGCUUUCACAGAAGGUCAAGCUGAUUUCAGGGGAAUGUCAGAGAAUGCUGACCUGUUUCUGUCACAAGUUUUUCACAAAUGUUAUGUGGAAGUCAAUGAAGAAGGCACAGAGGCAGCAGCUGCCAGUUCAGCAUCUCUAGCAUCACGAAGCCUUGGUGCUGCAGUUUUUUUUGUAGCAGAUCACCCUUUUCUCUUCAUUAUCAGACACAACAAGACCAAGUGCGUCCUUUUCUUUGGAAGGUUCUGCUCCCCCUAGAAAAUCAACUGUUAAUAAACAAGCCCUUACAACAGUGAUGAACACAAUGUAUGCCACGAAGAGCACCUCAACAGACUGUGAACUUUACCAUAAUUUUCCUGUACUAUUGACAAUCUCUGCUAGAAGAGAGCUCAUAUUAAAAACAACAUGAAUUCAA